AUGCGCGCGCGCGGGGGCCAAGUGAAGCGCGCGCGCGGGCAAGUGAAGCGCGCGCGCGGGCCAAGUAAGGCGCGCGUGUGCGCGCGCGGGCCAAGAGUGCAGAUCUUCCUUUUCUCCGACUCCGUUCAAAAGAUUCCCACCUGCCCGGCCGGCCCGGGCAGCUCUCCGUUGCCCGGAAAAACUCCGCUCUGCCACACCACCACGGGAGCGGACGGGCGGUUCUCGUUCCGCGAGCUGCCAUGUGGCGCGUUCUCAUUAGUCCCCCAGUACAAGGGCGAGGCAACGGUGUUUGAGAUGGCACCCAAGGAGAUGACAGUGGCGGUGGGGCAUGCUGAUGCUGCUACAGCAGAGCCGUUCCAGGGAGAGGCAAUGGUGUUUGAGAUGGCGCCCAAGGAGAUGGGGGUGGCGGUGGGGCAUGCUGACGCCGCUGCUGCUGCAGAGCCGCUCCAGCCUUCCUCCUCUCUCCCUCCCCUCUCCCUUCUCUCUUCCUCCCCUCUCCCUCCUCUCUCCCUCCUCUCUCCAUCUCUUUCCCUGCAUGGACGCUGGGUCUGCGGGUUCUCUGUAUCUGGACGCAUGGAGGACAGCGCAGGGGAGGGUGUGUGGAGGGAGCAACAGAGGAACUGUAACUUCCCAGUAACCCUCGUCCUCUCUCCCCCCUCUCUCGCCCCUUCUCUUUCCCCCAGGUCUGCGGGUUCUCUGUAUCUGGACGCGUGGAGGACAGCGCAGGGGAGGGUCUGCGGGUUCUCUGUAUCUGGAUGCGUGGAGGACAGCGCAGGGGAGGGUGUGUGGAGGGAGCAACAGAGGAACUGUAACUUCCCAGUAACCCUCGUCCUCUCUCCCCCCUCUCUCGCCCCUUCUCUUUCCCCCAGGUCUGCGGGUUCUCUGUAUCUGGACGCGUGGAGGACAGUCCGCGGGUUCUCUGUAUCUGGACGCGUGGAGGACAGUGCAGGGGAGGGCGUGGAGGGAGCAACAGUGCUGCUCAACGGCCAGCCACGCGCCGUCACAGACGCCCAGGGUCAGUACAGCCUACACCAGAUAACAUCAGGCCAGUACGCCCUGUCCGCCACCAAGCCGCGCUACGCCUUCACGCCCCUCCCCGCCCUCUCCAUCGUCCCCUCCGCCUCCCUCCUGCCCCCUCUCCGCGCCUCGCACUACGAGCUGUGUGUCGCCACGCUAUUGGACGACGGGUCGGCGUUCCAAGCGGGCGGCAGACAGGUGGCGCUGACUGGACGGGGAGGGGAGGAGGUGGCGCCUCAGGCGAAGAAGACGGAUGCUGAUGGGAGAGUGUGCUUUAUGGUCCCUCCAGGCACCUAUCAGCUCGCCCCACACGUCCUACCGGCUGAGGCAGCAGCAGGGCUGGCCUUCGCCCCUGCCCUCGCCACCGUUACAGUCACAUCCAAGCCUGUCACAGGAGUCUCCUUCAACCAAUCGCAUCUCUCCGUUUCCGGCCGCGUGAUCUGCAUCGACGGCUGCGAUCGCUCCGUCCGAGUCUCCCUCGCUAGCAUCGGACCAUUGACGGGAUCUGCUGAUUCUGCUGCUGCUGCCGCUGCUGCUGCCGGCGCUGCUUCUCGAUCGGUUUUCUUGAAGGAGAAAGAUGGGUCGUUUCUGUUUGAGAAAGUGGUACCUGGGAAAUACAGAAUCGAGGCAUCCAAGCAGGUGAUUCAGGGGAGUGACAUGGCGGGCGACGAGUGGUGCUGGAAGACACAGUCCGCUGAUGUGGCGGUCUCCGAUUCGUCCGUGGUGGGCGUGGCGCUGGAGCAGAGUGGAUGGAGGGUGGAGAUUGACGCAGCGAUGGAGGAUACAGUCAGCAUGGUGCACGGGGAGACGGCCCUGCCUGCUGUCAAGCUCAAGAAGGGGCUGCAGCACGUGUGUGUGGCAGCCAGUGGCAGCUACAGCCUGCGCUUCCCUGACUCGUGCGUCAUGUACGGCGAGGAGGGUGUUUACUACCACACGCAGGAGGUGAAGGUGAUUCGUCUGCGCCCAUCAGCCUACAGGGUCUCAGGGCUAGUCCGAGUGAACGCCUCCCUCUUCCCCUCUGCAGCCUCCGUCGCCCCCCACGCCUCUGCCCGCCUCUUCAGCCCCACCAACGGCUCCCUGCUCUCCCACACGCCUCUCUCCCUCGUCUCUGCCCCCAAUGCCACACACCCGGUGGCGGUGUAUGCGCAAGAGCAUUGGGUGGCAGGAGGGGGAGAGCUGCUGCUGGGGUGGUAUCACGAUGGAGGGGUGGGAGAUGAUGGAUCGACCCUGGAUGAUGUUGCUGAUGCCCUCAAAAGCGCUCACAUUUCUACAUUGGAGCGAGAGGAGCCCCCGCCAAAGGCAGAUGCCUCGCCGGUCUUCCCGCCUCCCAGGCGCCUGCUCUUCUACCCGCGCUCUCUCAAGGUGCAAGUGGCUCCCCUGCAGUGUCCCCCUCCCCUGCCUACCGUCGACGCUCGCCCCGGCCUUUACCUCACAGGCUGGGUGUUCCCCCCUCUGCCACGUGUCAACGUGUCAGUGGUCGCUGAUGCUGACAGUGCGAACGCGGGAUGGCAGAAGGGGCAGAUGGUGAUGUGGGCUGAGACUGUGGGGCGGGUGAGGGGGGUGGAAGGGGAGGGGAGUGCGGAGGGGAGCGCGGAGGGGAGUGGGGAGAGGAGGCAGCAUGGAGGGGUGGAAGGGGAGAUGUUUGUGGUGGGGCCGUUGAACGACGACGCCACUUACCAUGUGGAGCUGCAAAAGUCAGUGGAAGGGGAGAUGUUUGUGGUGGGGCCUUUGAACGACGAUGCCACUUACCAUGUGGAGCUUCAAAAGACUGGCUACGUUUUCAAGGCGCUAGGAGACAACUCGUUUGAAGCACAAAAGCUCGCUUCAAUCACCGUCAAAAUCGCCAUGUCAGCAGAAAUUUCCACGGCCAAUGAGCCGCUGCCAUCUGUCCUCCUCUCACUCACCGGAGACGCCAGCUUUAGGCGCAAUGAGGCGACAUCACCCGGGCAAAAUGUUUUCGCAUUCGAGGGUUUGUUUCCGGGCAGCUACUACCUGCGGCCGGUGCUGAAGGAGUAUGAGUUUUCGCCGGCUGCCCGCCCAAUCAAUUUGCAGUCCGGGCAGGAGGUGGACGUGGCGUUCACUGCAAAGAGAGUUGCCUUCAGGUGGAUUUCAGGAGCGCCACAGGCAGGCGUGCAGGUGGAGGCGAGGGAGGUGGUAUCUGGGGGAGGCGGAUCACAGUCAUCUCACUACGAGAUGGCUGUCACAAACGAGGAUGGGGAGUACAGGCUGAGAGGGCUGCGGCCGGGUGGGUCUUAUCUGGUGGAGGUGGCAGUGAGGGCAGGAUCUGCUAAGGACUCCACCUCGCUCCCUCGAUUCGAGCGUGCAUCACCGAACGAGGCUCUGCUGACAAUCACAGGCGAUGUCCCGAACGUCAACUUUGUGGUCUUCAACUCGCCCCCGGGUGUGACUAUAACGGGGGCAGUGAGCGGCAGAGACACAGCCAAGUGGUUGCCGAACCUCUUUGUCGAUCUCUUCCCGAGCGUGACUGUACCCGCAAGUGACAAUAACGAGGGGACUGGUACGAGCAGCAGCAGCAGCAGCACCAAUGGCGCGGCAGCAGGAGCAGAUGGAAGCUUCGAGGAAGCUUCCACUCUCCUCGUCUUCUCUUCCACUCCCAUUCGCUCCAUCCCCAUCCCGCUCUCGCGAUUCUUCGAGUUUCGCGACCUGCCCAGGGGCAUGUACCUCGUGAAACUGCGUCUCGGGCUGCCCGGAAAAUCUCACGUGUUUGAGAGCGAGGGCAGGGAGGUGGAUGUGAGGGAGGCGGUAACAGCUCAUGCGGGGACGCUGCGUUUCCGGGCCGAGGAGCGUAGAUCAAAUGAGGACCUUGCACCAACCCCCCUUCUCCCAGUGCUGCUUGCAAUUGCAGUCAUCUCGGUUGUUGCAUCUCUGCCCAAGCUGCAGCAAUUGGCUGCAGGAGUGGCAGCCACUGGGGGUACGACACCUGGCUCAGCAGCUGGCGACAGCUCAGCAGCACCAGGCGCUGCUGGUGGGUGGGGGGCCUCCGGCGCAGAUUCCCGUGGGAAGAAUGAGGCAGGAGCGCAGCAGAUCAGCUUCUCGGCCACGUGUCAACGCAGAGCGCAGCGCCAGGCAGUCACACCAACGGCCAGUUUCCCCCGCAACCCCGCGUUCCGAGCUUCCGCCGCUCCUCCCUCGGCGCAUCCCUCCGCUUUCCUAGGCCAGCAGGACUCCCUCCGCUUGCGCAAGGCCUCCCCUUCCGCCGUCUCCCCAUCCGCGCCCCGCCGGCGCGUCUCCCCCGUGAGAGCCGCGGAUGGCGACAGCGACGUCCCCGCGUUCAAGGGCUUUCCGCCGAUGCAGACGCGGCCCGCGUGGUACUGGCGAAUCGCAGCCGUCGUUCCGUACCUGCUGCCGCUCUGCGAGGCGUGGAUCUACAGCGAAACGGCUCAAUCGCUCUUCCAUUUCCUCUUCACAUACGAGCAGCUGUGCCAGCCGUUCCUGAUGCUGCUGGGUCUGCUCCCUUCCUGGUUCAUGCUUGCGUACUUCUUCGGAGCGUACCUUGGGGUUGUCAGGAACAAUCGCUGGCCGCAUUUCCUGCGGUUCCACGUGGUCACGGGGAUGCUUCUGGAGAUUAUUCUCCAGGUUGUUGGGACGCUGAAUGAUUGGAUUCCCAAGUCGAUUUACUGGGGGAAGAUCGGCGCGCACUUUUGGCUCGCUAUUGCGGUCGCGUUUAUCUUUAUCGUGCUCGAGUGCAUCUGGUGCGCGAUUCGCGGGACGUAUGCUGACGUGCCGUUUAUCUCAGAUGCGGCGUACAUGCAGAUCCCGCUUCUCCUCUCCCUUGCUGCUCUUUGUAAUACCUUUCUCACUCUUCCUCUCAUUUCCUCUCAUGACUUGUCCCUCCCCCCCUGCCCCACUUCCUCCCCUGUCAUUCAUUUCAUGCCUUCCCUCACAUUCGUGACUGACGGCGUGCUGGAGUCGAUGGAAGACGUCGAGGCGUCGUUUCCAGGGUCGCUUAGCGACAUUCGCGAAUGGCUUCGCACGCGCGACGUUUUCCAGUCGAACGGCCGGCAUGCAGCAGUUUUCUUCCUCCUUCCUUCGUCUUCUACUCAUCUUCAGUUUUCUUCCUCCUUCCUUUGUCUUCUCCAUCCACCCUUCCUUUCUUCCCGCUCUCUCCAUCUUCUCCCCCCACUUUCCCCCACCCUCUCCAUUCCCGCCUCUGCCCCUUUCCACCUCACCCGUUCUUCUCGAACCGCAGAUCUUCCCUUCGUCAGCGAGCCGUUGGGUCCGGAGCGCGCGCACGCGGUCGUGGCGCGAGCGAACGCCACGUGGCAACUCUUCGUCGAUCAGAACGUCCCCGCAGAGCCCUGGGCGCCGCCGGCCGCGGUCCUCAACGGAAGCUUCCUCGAAAGCAUCUGGAAGCGCAAAUACAUGGGCGACUGCGCGCCGUCCUCCGCGAUUCCCGUUUCCCAGCCGGCGCAUUUGCAGCAGCAGCAGCAAGCGGAGAAUGCGGCGCAAAAAGCGGCAGCGGAAGCGGUCUCCGGCGCUCUGGUGGAGGAAAAGCCAGCCAACGGCAAGUGGGGCGGGAAGCUGCGAGGAAUCUUCCGGACUAAAAGCGGUCGGCUCAUGCCCUCGACGGGUGCUGUCAUCACGAGUACAUGGGGAGCUGCUGUGGUGUGUUGUGUGAUGUACCAUGUGAGAGAAGGGGUGGUUGCCAAGCAGAGGGGAAAGGAGGUGUGUGAAAGAAAGGAGAGGGACAGGAAAUGUGGAGGAAGGAAACUAAGGGGAUGGAGGAGAGGGGAUGACAAAAAAUGA